GUGUCCACCAAAUUCCUCAGCGCUCUCUCACACUCCUCUGCGGCCACGACUCCGGGGGUGGGGAAACCGAUUGCCAGUUCCCUUCCUGCAGAAAGCCUUCGCGCUUGGUUUUCACAACUCUGCAAAGGGGAAGGGGUGAGACCCAAGCAGCCAGAUCCCCAAUUUUAAUUUCCAACAGGAGGUAGCUGCUCCGUACUUGGAGGCCCAUUGGUUUCAGGGUCUCUCUCUCUCUCUCUCUCUCUCUCUCUCUCUCUCUCUCUCUCUCUCUCUCUCUCUCUCUCUCUCUCUCUCGUCUCUCUCCUUUUUGCUCUCUCUCCUUUUUUGCUCUGUCUCUCCACCCCUACCCUCAACAUGUCCACCGGCUCCCUCAGCGAUGUGGAGGACCUUCAGGAGGUGGAGAUGCUGGAAUGCGAAGGGCUAAAAGUGGACUCCAACAAGGAGUUUGUGACUUCCAACGAGAGCACAGAGGAGAGCUCCAACUGCGAGAACGGGUCUCCCCAGAAAGGCCGCGGCGGCCUGGGCAAGAGGAGGAAGGCGCCCACCAAAAAGAGCCCCUUGAGCGGGGUCAGCCAGGAGGGAAAGCAGGUCCAGCGCAAUGCGGCCAACGCGCGCGAGCGGGCCCGCAUGCGGGUGCUGAGCAAGGCCUUCUCCAGGCUCAAGACCACCCUGCCCUGGGUGCCCCCAGACACCAAGCUCUCCAAGUUGGACACGCUUAGGUUGGCGUCCAGCUACAUCGCCCAUUUGAGGCAGAUCCUGGCUAACGACAAGUAUGAGAACGGUUACAUUCACCCCGUCAACCUGACGUGGCCCUUUAUGGUGGCCGGAAAACCCGAGAGUGACCUGAAAGAAGUGGUGACCGCAAGCCGCUUAUGUGGAACCACAGCGUCCUGACCUUGGAGGUGCGAGUCUGGGAAAGGCGCGCUCCCGGCGGGGAGCGGCCCCGGGAGGCGACCCCUGCCCUCCCUGCUCUCUGUCUCUGCUUCCCCCUCGCAACGCUCCUCUCCCAUCUCACCCUGAGAGAACACUUUACAGCGACGAGGAGAUUCGUUUCCAAACCAGAGGAGAUCAAUCGUGCUUACAGAUUCCCAUCUAUUUAACUUUAUUAACUUCUACCGUGAAUGACUUCGAGCCUUGCUGGUCCAAGUGCAAUAUGUAAUUAUAAAUAUAUAAAUAGAUAAUAAGAGCCUAUCAAUGUGUAUCUUUUGUACAAUAUGUUGUAAAAUGUAGAUCAUAGAAUAGCUGACUUUGACAGUCACAUUUAUAAAGUAAUUCACUUAAAGAUAUAUAUUUUUUUCAAACAAGUUUUGCUACUUUCAAAAAUAAAUCUUUCUUUAUAUUGCUAAAAA